AGAAGCCUUGUAUUCUGCUCUCCCUCUCCUUUUCCUUUCUCUUAAUUAACAUUGUUGUCGUCGAUCAAACCCCAAAAUGUCUUCAUCAACACUCAAGAAGCGUCCAAAACCGAAGCAUAAUUCCUCUUCCUCAUCAUCAGCUUCAAAAUCUCCACUAAACUCGAUAAUAGAGUCACCCCAGAGUUUGUUCCCUUCUAAAGGAGAGUUCUUGCGGCUCAUAGCGGUACUCGCAAUAGCAUCCUCAGUAGCUCUCUCCUGCAACUUCUUCGUCACGUUCUUCGGCUCGACCUCUAAACCCUUCUGUGAUAGUAACCUGGACAACACCGAUUCGUUCUCUGAUUCUUGUGAGCCUUGUCCAAGUAAUGGGGAAUGUUAUCAAGGCAAGAUGGAAUGUAAUCAUGGCUAUAGAAGACAUGGAAAGCUGUGUAUAGAAGAUGGAGAUAUCAAUGAAACAGCUAAGAAACUUUCCAAGUGGCUAGAAGCUGGCCUUUGUGAAGCUUACGCUCAAGUUUUGUGCUAUGGAACUGGGACAGUUUGGGUUCAAGAACAUAAUAUUUGGAAUGAUUUAGAUGGACACGAGCUGAUGCAAGAUGUUGGCCUAGACAACCCAACCUAUGUGUAUACAAAAAGAAGGGCGAUGGAGAAAAUAGUUAAAUCAUUGGAGACAAGAACAAAUUUCCAUGGGAUACGGGAGUUCAAAUGUCCAGAUUCUCUGGCUGAACAUUACAAACCCUUUACUUGUCGUAUCUGUGAAUUGAUCUCCAAGCAUGCUCUUAUUAUCGUGCCUGUUUGUGCAGGGAUUAUAGGAUGUGCAAUGUUUUUCUGGAAAGUCCAUCAGAAAAGGUAUCUUUCAGCUAGAGUAGAAGAGCUUUACCAUCAGGUCUGUGACAUGCUUGAGGAGAAUGCCUUAAGGUCAAACAGCAUCAAUGGUGGAGGUGAAUCAUGGGUUGUUGCCUCUUGGUUGCGAGAUCAUCUUCUUUUGCCUAGGGAAAGAAAGGAUCCUCAGUUAUGGAAAAAGGUUGAGGAAUUGAUACAAGAUGAUUCUCGAGUAGAUCGCUACCCCAAACUUGUUAAGGGUGAAUCAAAAGUGGUGUGGGAAUGGCAAGUUGAAGGCUCUUUGAGCUCUUCCAGGAGGAGAAAAAAGGGGGAGGGAGUCAAACUGAAACCAGAUGGAGACAUCACCACAAACUUAAAUCAAUUGGACCACAGAAUGGAGGCUGGUGCGCUUUAGGACAUAUUAUCUAACCUAAAGCACUGAUGUUUUGACUUGGGGAUGUCUUGGAAAUGGCAGAACAGCCCUUUUUUAACUUUUAUGUCCCAAAAACAACUAAGAGCCUUGCAGAAGACUUUCCUGACGUUCAUCAUAGCUUUUAUUUAAGAACAGGGUUUUGCCGGAAUAAUCAAAGGUGUGAAGAGAUUGAUGAACCAAGUCAAAGUUUCCAUCAUCUGUCAAUGGAGCUUCGGUCCUUGAGAUUGUUUUGGAGGUUAAGAGACAACCCUUUAUGCAGACGUCCCACCAGGGACCUGUAAACCAUUGAAAAUUAUACUACAUACAACGCAGCUUUUUCCUCUGUUAUAGCAACAAAUAGGCAUCCAAAUUGGGGAUUUUGGUGUGUCAAUAUUUGUUUGUUGGAUCAUCUUAUCUAAAUGAAAUCUAUUUUACUUCCUUUCAUUAUGUUUUAAACUCUCAAAAUCAGUGAAAAUCACCAUACUGUUUUCU